AUGGCCAAGAUGGGAGGAAUCACUCACCCCCUUUGUCUGUUCGCGUUCCUGUUAAUUGCAUUUGCCUCGACGGCAUCUGCAGCGUCAGCAGUCCUCGGAAUCGAUCUUGGCGGUGCAUACAUCAAAGCAGCAAUCGUAAAGCCCGGAGUUCCCCUCGAUAUCGUCCCCACCAAGGAUUCAAAACGCAAAGAAGCCGCUGUCGUUGGCUUCAAGCCCGUAACUGGUUCCGCUCUCGACUUUGGCUCCUACCCGGAAAGACUGUACGGUGGAGAUGCCCUGGCCCUCGGUGGCCGCUUCCCUGCCGAUGUCUUCACUAACCUCAAGACCCUCCUCGGCCUCGUUCCUGGCGAACACGCCGACUCUAUGAUCAAGAACUACCACGCCCGCCAUCCCGCAAUUAAGUCGAACUUCGAGCAAGAGAAGGGAGCUGUCUCGUUCGUGCCCACCGCCUUUAGUUUGGAAGAAGCGCGAUGGAACCUCGACGAGUUGCUGGCCAUGGAGCUCAAAAACAUUCGCACAAACGCCGAAGCCAUGUCGGGCGGCAAGGGAGGAGAAGCCACCGACGCUGUCAUCACCGUCCCCGUCCACUGGACUGCAGAUGAGAGACGUGCCAUUGAGCGUGCCGCCGAUUUGGCUGGUAUCAACAUCAUGAGUCUCGUCAGCGACGGACUGGCUGUCGGUAUCGACUACGCUGUCAAGCGCACCUUCCCCAGUGUUAGCAAGGGCGAGAAGCCCGAGUACCACAUGGUCUUUGACAUGGGUGCUGGAUCGACAACCGCCACUGUCCUCAGAUUCCAAUCCAAGGACGUCAAGGACAUUGGUCGCUUCAACAAGACAAUCCAGGAGGUUGCCGUAGUGGGUGCUGGCUGGGACAAGACUCUGGGAGGAGACGAACUCAACGCUCUUAUCGUUGACUACCUGGUCGACAGCUUUGUCGCCAAGCCCCAGGCCGUAAAGGCUGGCAUCACCGCCGAAGAGGUCAAGAGCCACGGUAGAACCGCUUCCAAGAUUUGGCGUGAAGCCGAACGCGCGAGACAGGUUCUGAGUGCCAACUCCGAAGUCAGAUCGAGCUUCGAGGGCUUGUACAACGAUAUUGAUUUUGCUACCAAGCUCACUAGAGCCGAGUUCGAGAAGAUGGCCGCUUCUCAUGCCGACCGCAUUCAAGCCCCUGUCCAACAGGCUCUGGACGCUGCUAAGCUGUCUUUCAAGGAUCUUGACUCGGUUAUUCUCCACGGUGGUGCCAUAAGAACACCAUUUGUUCAGAAGAAGCUCGAAUCCAUGACUGGCAAGAACACUGAGGUCCGCAGCAACGUCAACUCUGACGAAUCUGCCGCUUUCGGUGCUGCUUUCAAGGCAGCUGGUCUGAGUCCUAGCUUCCGUGUCAAGGAGAUCAGAGACCUUGAGGCUGCUGUCUACCCUGCCGGCAUCAAGUACCCCUCAGAUGGCAAGGAAAGAUCGCAGAAGCUAUUCGUUCCUACAUCUCAGGCUGGAUCUGCCAAGGAAAUCACCAUCAAGAACCUUGACGACUUCACCUUUGGCAUCUUCCAGACUGUUGGCAGUAUUGAUCGUCCAGUCACCGAGGUCCACGCCCAGAACUUGACCGCUUCCGUUGAGGUUCUGACCACCAAGUUCGGCUGCUCCAAGGACGAGAUCUCGACCAAGCUCAAGCUUCGCAUCAGUCCCGUUGACAAUAUCCCCGAGAUUGUCACUGCUUCCGUCAGCUGUGAAGUCGAGGGUGGUAAAGCUGCUGGUAUUGGAGACUCAGUCAAGGGCCUCUUCGGAUUUGGUUCCAAGAAGGGCGACCAAGAGCCCNUCAUUGAGGAUGAGGAGGUGGAAAUCGUGAAGGAAUCUAGCUCCUCAUCCAGCUCUUCUUCCAGUACUGCGAAUGCCAAGUCGAGUGGUUCUGCCGCUCCCGAGGUCGAGAAGAACAAGAAGCGUACUGAGACUAUCCCCAUCAAGCUCACCACUGUUGCCAAGGGCCUUCCUCAGCCCGCACCCGAAGACAUCAAGCGCAUGAAGGAGCGUCUCGCUGCCUUUGACCGUUCAGACAUGUCUCGCAUCCAGAGAGAAGAGGCUUUGAACGUUCUUGAGGCAUACACCUACCGUACCAGAGAUCUCCUCGAGAACACUGAUUUCGUUGGUGCCUCGACUGAAGCCGUCAGAUCUCAGUUGACUUCUCUGCUCAGCAGCACUAGCGAAUGGCUGUAUGGCGAAGGCUCUUCCGCAAAGGCCGAAGCUUUCAAGAGCAAGCUUGCUGCUCUCAAGGCUAUCGUCGACCCUGUGCAGAAGCGUAGAGAAGAAGCCUCAGCACGUCCUGAGAUUCUCAAGUCGCUGCAGAGCUCUCUUGACCAGACCAAGUCGAUGGUCGACGCUAUUGGCAAGCAAAUUGCUGCCUCGAUCUCAUCCGCCUCUGAGGCUGCUUUGUCGAGCAGCACGACCGCCGAAGCCAGCCCAAGCCCCAGCUCUGCCGAUGACUUGGACGACCUCGACGAGCCAGAUGCUUCGUCCACUUCCUCGUCUGCCAAGCCUAGCGAAUCAGCUAGCUUAAUGCCUUACACCGAGGAAGACCUCGCCUCCAUCACCAAGGCCUAUGAGAGCGUCGCCGAGUGGGUCAAGACCAAGAUGGCCGAGCAAGACAAGCUCCAAGCCUUUGAAGACCCAGCCUUCACCGUCAAGGAAGUCGAAGUCAAGGCCAAGGAGCUCAACAAAGCGCUCAUGGAUAUGGUGACCAAGAAGAUGCAAAUGCCCAAGCGCGGCACCAGCAGCAGCAGCUCCAAGAAGCCCAAGGCCACCAAGAGCAAGAAGGCAAAGUCGAGCAGCAGUGAGACGUCUACGGCGUCAGAGUCUGCUUCUUCUGCUAGCCCUUCUGUUGUGGUCGAGGAGCAAGAGAAGCCCAUUGAGCAUGAAGAGUUGUAG